AUGUGUUCAACAGCCUCCAUCCUCAAUCUGUGUGUGAUCAGUGUGGACAGGUACUGGGCCAUUUCCAGCCCAUUCCGUUACGAACGUAAGAUGACUCCCAGGGUAGCCUGUCUUAUGAUCAGUGUAGCAUGGACUUUGUCCGUCCUCAUUUCCUUCAUCCCAGUCCAGUUGAACUGGCACAAAGAUCAAGCCACUAGCUACCUGAAUCUGAACGGAUCCUACCCCAGUGAACUGCCCCCAGACAAUUGCGACUCCAGCCUUAACAGGACAUAUGCCAUUUCCUCUUCGCUAAUAAGCUUCUAUAUCCCAGUGGCCAUCAUGAUCGUAACUUACACUCGGAUCUAUCGGAUUGCUCAAAAACAGAUCCGCAGAAUAUCUGCUCUGGAACGCGCUGCAGAGAGUGCCAAAAACCGCCACAGCAGUAUGGGCAACAGCUCAAGCAUAGAAACAGAGAGCUCCUUUAAAAUGUCCUUCAAGCGAGAAACCAAAGUCCUGAAGACACUCUCUGUGAUCAUGGGGGUGUUUGUGUGCUGUUGGCUGCCCUUCUUCAUCCUGAACUGCAUGGUACCAUUCUGCGAAGUCAACCUCCCAGAUGGAUCCACUGAGUUCCCCUGCGUCAGCUCCACCACCUUCGAUGUGUUUGUGUGGUUUGGCUGGGCCAACUCUUCCCUCAACCCCAUCAUUUAUGCCUUCAACGCUGACUUCCGAAAGGCCUUCUCCAUUCUCCUGGGCUGCCACCGCCUGUGUCCCGGGAGCAACGCCAUCGAGAUUGUCAGCAUCAACAACAACAUGGGAGCCACUCCCUCUAACCCAAACUGCCAGUACCAGCCCAAGAGCCACAUUCCCAAAGAGGGAACCAACUCGGCCAACUACGUCAUCCCACACAGCAUCUUGUGUCAGGACGAGGAGCAGCAGAAGAAGGACGGCAGCCCUGAUGAGCUGGAGGUGAUGGGGAACAAUGCCCCAGAGAAACUUUCACCAGCUCUUUCUGCCACUUUGGACAGCGACACAGAUGUCACACUGGAAAAGAUCAACCCAAUCACUCAAAAUGGACAGCACAAAACGUGUGGAGAUUAA